AUGACAUAUCUGCAUGGCAUGACUGACUAUGGUGAUGCCAUUGAGGAUGAGUGGCUCAUUGUGUACAUUCUGCGCCAAUUGACCCAAUCGUUUCCUGAACUUUGGGUGCACAUUGCAGAUGCCGAUGGCGAGUUUUUAUUGAUCGAAGCCGCCAAUGUACUUCCAAAAUGGAUUACGCCAGAGAUCGACCGAAAUCGGGUGUGGAUUCACGACUCCAAGCUUUUAAUCAUACCGCAAUCUUCAGCAGCUGAUGCCCAACCACAAGAGAAGUCCGCCAAUAUGACCUUACGAGAUGCGUUCGACUACCUGAGAACCAAGCCUAACGCGCUGCUUCAUUCUCCCUUGGUCGAAGCGGAAGCCUUUUAUCGCCUUGAGAAGUAUCCCGACUAUGUACACCGUUCUACUCAUUACUCUCUAGUCACCAUCCCCAGAAAGCUCGCUUAUAUCCUGCACCAGAUACCGAAAUCUGUUUCGAUGGCUGUCGAAAUGCUCUAUCUUCGGGAUGCACUUACGAUGAAGUCAAUAUCUUCGGCCACUGCGCCGCCGGUAUUCCCUCCAGAAGACUUUGUUACCACAAGCGUUCAAUUUACAAAGGUGCUUUUCGCGCAGCUCAAGUCGCAGCGCUUAGACCCCCCUCCGAGAUGGAGAGCUCUCAUUAAAGAUCGGUCGGAGGCGUCGCGCUCGGAUAUUCAGAAGCAAGCCCGACAAGAUAUGGGCAUAAAGUUGACAUGUGGAUACGAGAUGCUCUCAGUUCACGCAGAUAAAAGCAGGCACCGAGUCGUCAGAGAGCUAGCUCUUUUACUGCAGGAUCUAGCCGAAGACGGAAAUGCUGGAUUACCUACAGAUCGCGAAAUCCAGUCUUGGACAAACCACCAGCGCGAUGACGCUGAAGACUGGAUGGAUAUCAACUACCUAGAUCUUGAGCGUGAAUUGGAUGGAAAACCCCAAAGCAAGUCAACAGAGGGUGGCUCAGGUUUUGGCGAUCCUCAAACGCAAGAUAACCUCAGGAAGAUUGUAUCUCGUUUCGAGACAUUUCUGAACGAUAACAAGGCUGGCAUAGACGGAGUCGAACUCGACGAUUUGGAUGAUGACUACAAUGAAGAAACCGACAAUGACGAUGACGAUGAAGACAGCGAGUUCGAGGGUAAGGCUGUUAGUUUUGAUCAGGGAGCCUUUGAACAAACGAUGCGAGAGAUGAUGGGAAUGCCCCGAGAAGGCGCGACGAAUACUUGCGGUGGGGGCACUGGGGUAGUGGACCUGAUGCGGCAACCAACUAGCGAAGAAAUAGAGAGCAAUUCCGAUGAUUUGCAGCAGCUUUCAUCUGAAAUGGAGGCUGAGUUGAAGCGGCAUGGAGCUCUUGACCUGCAAUCAGAAAUGCCGACUGAGGUCAAGGGAUCAGCUUCAGAGCGAUCUCAAAAUGGGCAGCAACAGAACCCUGCCAAUUCUACUGCCGAGGAAUGUAUGGAUGAGCUAGAUAUUGAUUACAACCUGGCUCAAAAUUUAUUGGAAAGCUUCAAGGGACAGGCGGGAAUGGCCGGGCCAACUGGCAACCUCCUCGGCAUGAUGGGCUUCACGUUACCAAGAGACGAGGAUGACAGAACAAGAGAAAAUUGA